AGAAAAAAAAAAAAGCACAGCUCUAGUCACAAUUUACUUACAAAUGUGCAAAAAAAAAAUUGUGUUCUUGGUUGUGGCUGAGGCUUUGGGAAGGCCAGAGCCCUCUCCAGCACGAAGCCCAGUGUCAGCUGAUCAAGCCCAGCCCUGAGGAUACUGGUCCCAGUGGUCAGUGGCUAGACCCUGGGCUUCUGGCCAGACCCUGCCUUUGUAAGUGGCUGCAGCUUGGCUCUGCUUCAGCCCACAGGGGCUGAAGGGGUGAGUAGGGCUCGUGUAGUUGGCUUUGUGUCCUUGGCUUCUCCACACUCCCACAUGAAUCCUCAGUAUACCUCUAUUGUUCCUGUACCCCAGUAAGGAAAGGAAAUGAGCUGUAAGGCUUAGGAGUCCCAGGGUGGGCCUAGAAGAAGGUGUGGUUUUCAGCAUCGGACCCUGGGUCUACUCCAUCCCUCUGCAACAGUUGGGGAACAAAAGGCCAUCAAUCUGGUCGCCAUUCUUUGGGAAAAUCAUACUAAGGUUGGAUAGUAACUGGAGCUGGGUGAAGAACCUUGACUGCCUACCUUCCAGUCCACAGUCUUUCCUGACACCUUAGAGUUAAAGUGUCUGGGACUUCGGAGUGUUGUCCUCAUAUGGAAAGAGAUCAAAUACAGUAUGUGUCUCUUUUGAGCCUCCCAGGGGGUGGGGAGUAGGUGAAAGUCCUUGGUGCGUGGCUAGUUUCUUAAGGCAUACACACACACACACACUCCCCUGACCUUACACUUCUGCUUUGGCUGCAUUUUGGAAUCAUCUGGGUAGUUUUAAACAAUACUGAAGUCUAGGUCCAACCUCCAGAGAUUCUGAUUUAACUGGUAUGAGGUGGGGCUUGGCAGUUCUACAACCACAAUACCCUGCAAAGUUUGAGAACCAUUGUUCUAAACAAGCCGUCCUUUCUUGGGUCAGGGGCACUUUCAACUUCUCCAGUCACCUGCCCACUGACUCCUGAGCCCUGAACUUGAGGUUUUGUUUGUGGACAGCUAGGAGGGGAAAAGGCCUGAGCACUUCCAGUCCUGUCGUCCCAGGGAAGAUAGGCUUUCGGGCCAGGUCCCAGCAGUCCACCUUAUUAAGAUUCGGCCUUUCCCAUCCUCUUCAGUCCCGACGGGACAGGAAGUGUCCGGCAGAGGUGGGGGUGGAAGUGAUUGGCAGUUGGAGGCUCCAAUGGGCCGGGAGGCCCCCCCGCCCCGUUUCACCGCUCUCCUUCCAUUGGCGCCUCGGAGGAGCCAUCCCCACAGCGGGGGCCCAGAGCGGGAGGGAGAAGCCCGGGUGAGGGUGAGGGCGGAGGGCGCUGGCGGCGGUUGCCGCCGAAGGGUCUUGCUAUGUAGCCCAGGCUGGCCUUGAACUCUCUGCAAUCUUGCUGCCUCAACCUUCUGAGUACAAGGAUUACAGGCAGAUGAGCAGCAGCUGUUCAGGGCUGAGCAGGGUCCUAGUGGCCAUAGCUAUAGCCCUGGUUUCUGCUUCUUCUUCCUGCCCCCAGGGCUGGGGCCCCCCAGGGGUCCAGUAUGGGCAGCCUGGCAGGCUGGUGAUGCUGUGUUGCCCAGGAGUGAGCGCUGGGACCCCUGUGAACUGGUUUCGGGACAGGGAGUCAAGGCUGCUCCAGGGACCUGACUCUGGGCUGGGACAUAAACUGGUCCUGGCCCGGGCAGACUCUACUGAUGAGGGCACCUACAUCUGCCGGACCCUGGAUGAUGAAGUUGAAGGCACAGUGACCCUAAAGCUGGGCUAUCCCCCAUCCCGUCCAGUGGUCUCCUGCCAAGCAUCUGAUUAUGAGAACAUCUCCUGCACUUGGAGCCCCAGCCAAGUCAGUGGUUUACCCACCUGCUACCUCACCUCCUACAGGAUGAAGAUGUUGCCAGGAACUGGUCACCAGAGGGUGAAUCUAUCUGCAUGGAAGCCAUGCCCACAGGACCCCUUAGGGAAUCCACGCUGUGUUAUCUACUGGGCAGAGUUCUGGAGCCAGUACCGGAUUAAUGUCACUGAAGUGAACCCACUGGGUGCCAGCACACGCCUGCUGGAUGUGAGCUUUUGGGACAUCUUGCGUCCUGACCCACCCGAGGGGCUGCGGGUGGAGUCAGUACCUGGUUACCCACGACGCCUGCAUGCUAGCUGGAUGUACCCCACCUCUUGGCCCCAAAAGCCACACUUCACGCUCAAGUUCCGACUGCAGUACCGUCCAGCACAGCAUCCGGCCUGGUCCACGGUGGAGCCCAUUGACUUGGAAGAGGUGAUCACAGAUGCUGUGGCUGGGCUGCCCCAUGAGGUGCGGGUCAGUGCCAGGGAUUUUCUGGAUGCAGGGACCUGGAGCACCUGGAGCCCAGUGGUCUUGGGGACUCCGAGCACUGAGUCCCUAACAAAUGAGAUUCCUGAUCCGGGCAAGAUAUACACACAGCUGGUGGACAGCAUGGCUCCUCCGAGGCCUUCUUUGCAGCCAGACCCUCGGCCACUGAAUCACAGGGACCCUCUGGAGCAGAUGGUUGUGUUAGUGUCUUUGGGAGUCUUCUCUUUCCUGGGACUGGCAGCUGGGGCCCUCACACUGGGGUUCUGUUGCCUUUUUAGGCUGAGGCUGAGGUGGAGCAGGAAGGAUGGACCCCAAAAGCCUGGAUUCCUGGCCUCAAUGAUUCCAGCUGACAAGCUUCCAGGUAUUCCAGACCUGUAGAAGACCCACAAGAGCUUCAGCUCAUUCCACCUUAACUCUGUCUUGCUGGUGUGGAUGGAUGGACAGAACCAGACAAGGCAGUAGAUCCCUGUGGAUGGGGGUCUCAGCUGGAAGUUUUAUUUGGAGCCCAUUUCUUUGAGACUCUGUAUUCCAAACUUGCCAGCUGAAAAGUGUCUGGACCUCUGACUUCAUCCCAGAACUGAAGUCUACCUGAAGGAUGUCUGUAGAUAUGUGUGACCAUGUGUAUGUGAGGUGUGGGACAUGUGCUCUUUGCAUAUAUAUAUGUAGUUGCCUGGAGAAUAUGUGUGGGUCCUUGGCUCUUGGCCUUGCCCCUUGCAGGUGCUGUGAAGGUACAAAAUAAAGAGAAUGAGGAAGUUCUUGGA